CAACGUCAAUGUUUUGGGCAGGCGUUGGCAGGGGAACCAAAGUCCAUUACUUAAUAUCUUACCUAAUCCACCCAAACAGCAAACCCGCCGGGUUUCACUUGCUUUCCCUCCCCGCUACAAACUAACCAACUAACGACAGACAGGCAACUUGCUAGACCAACCAACAAUAAUAAGCAGAAACAUCCCUCACUUGUCUUGUCUUGUCUCCUUAUCUCUUGUCUCUGCCCGGCAGUUCUCUGACAUCCCUCUAUACUCAACCAACUACCACCUCGUUUUGUUCGUCUAUCUCGUUGACCGACCAUACCUUUUGUUUACCUGCCCCUCUCCACUUAAGACUCGCCUACCCUUAACAAACAACAACCGUCAACAUGGAUAGAAUCAAGGAGAAAAUGAACACCCUCCGCCUGGAGGCCGACGAUGCCCACGCCAAGGUCGAAGAGCUACAGGCUAAAGUCAAGGCUCUCGAGCAGGAGAAUCUGGCAAAGGAGCAGGAAAUCAAAUCUCUCACACAUCGAAACCAGCUGCUGGAGAGCGACAUCGAGAAGCUCGAGGUCGAUCUUAAAGAAGCUAAGGCUUCCGCCUCCGAGAACGCCCAGCAUGGUACACAGAAUGAGUCUAUGCAAAGACGUCUGCAGCUCCUCGAGGAGGAGGCCGAGGAGACUGAUAAGACCCUCCGUGAGACGAAUGAGAAGCUCCGCCAAACCGAUGUCAAGGCCGGACACUACGAGCGCAAAGUCCAGGCGCUCGAGACUUCCCGUGACCAAUGGGAGGCCAAGUAUGAGGAAAUGGCCCAGAAGUACGAGAAUUUGCAGAAGGAGCUACGGGAGCUGGAGACUGCCAUGGGCAAUGUGUAGAUGAUGGGGGUAGGGAGCGUGGUGUAUACAAAUAUAUUCUUCAACAAGCUUGUCUCUUUCUUCUUAGUCUCGCCUCGUGUCGCUUCUCUCCAUAUGUGAUUGCGAUCUCGUGCUUCUAGUCACUGCUUGAACUGUUAAAGGAAGACAGAAAACCGCCAAAUAACAUGUCACUGUUCUGACCUUGAAGCUACUGUCAUGUGUCAUGUGCUUUUCUUUUCUUUUCUUCUUUUUUUCCCCCCUACUAUCCUCUUUUAUAUUUAUUUCCCCAAAUUUGUCCACGUAUGAUUUAUCUUUCCCGACUGCGGUACAUAGAGCCUUUAAUGAGAUUCGAUUCAUUGUUGCCCAUGGCAACUGUUCCAUAUGUUCUGUUUAUCAGGUUCGUAGAGUCGUGGCCGUAAUCAUUCGUAUCUGUUGCAAUGAUGUAUCUCAUUUGAUCAAAUCGAAUGAAUAACUCCAUACGUCUCGUCGGGAAUGAAUCUAUGUCGCCACCCUCCUCUCCCUCGCCCGCUUCUUGCCCCCAGCCCGCUCCUUGAACUUCGUAACCCUCCGCUCGGCCUUAUUCUCAUACCGGAAACUCCUCUUCUUCCUCUUCGAAUUACUCUUCGACCGACCCGACGCAUUAUCACCAUUCUUAUCAGUAUCCUUGUUUUUACUCUUAUACUUCGGGUUCUCCUUGGUCCAUACUCGCUUUUUCGGUUUUGAUGUAUCCUCACCACCCUCUCGUCCUUCAUGUUCCGCCUUGUUCUUGUUCUUUUUCUCUUCCCCAUCAUCUUCACUGUCGUCUUCGUCGUCGUCACUCUCCACACCAACUCUCCUCCUCAGCCCGUCCCGCGAAGAAGAAUCCAACUCCUCCACCGUAACAGUCGUAUAUUUAUCCUCGUCGAUAUAUUCCGCCUCAUAGUCGACCGGCGGUGGCUCGGCGAUUCCCUCCCACUCCUCAUCCGUACUAUUAUCAUUCUCCCCAUCUUCAUCCUCAUCGGAACCGCUCUCCCCCGCCGCCGCACGGCUUAUCUCCCGCAUCAGCGUUCUGUUUUGCUCAAGGGCUCGUUCGAAUUCUGCGCGGCGCUCGUCUCGUAUCUUUUUUACCCCAUUAAAUAGGAUUGGUUAAUGAAUUUAACAAUGGAAACACAGCACCUCAAAUGGAUUUCUCUUCUUUUCUUUCCCGGAAAAUUGUAUAUAUAUCUUUUUGAAAUUCAACCAGAAGAAGAGAAACUACUAACCCGCCGCCUCUGCUCCCUCUUCUCCUCCUUCGCUCUCUUCUCCGCAUUCUCCUGUGCCUGCUUGGCGCGCUGUACCUUGCGCUUAUGGAAACCCGUCAAGUACUCCGCCCGCGCACUGGGAUCGAAGAGGAUCUCUGGAACGGCGUUGGGGUGGGAGGAGGUCAGUUUGCGUUUUUUGGGGUAAGGCGCCAUAUUUUCUAUCUUCCUAGCGCUCUGGUUCUGUUUGCGGGUUGAUUUAACUAUUUAUUUAUUUGGUUGUUUUCUUCUUGGUGCUGGUUUCGCUUGCGAGGAUCGGGGUAUUGAUUAAUUGAUUAAGUAGGGGUUAGUGAAGUGUUAGGGGAAAGAUUGUACAGUAUUUGCUUCGAUGAUUCCUUUUAUUUAGAUAAAAAAACAAGAAUUAUCAGAGCUUCAAGUUUAAGCGGGCAUCAGUGCCAAGGAAUGAAUUUGCCAAGCCUUCGAUCCACAUCAAGCCUAGCGCUAUCAACCGGCAGUCCUUCUCCAACGACCUAUAUACAGUAGAUUUGUGCAGAUAUUAGGAUUGAUUCCGACUCUAUCAUAACUCACCACUGACAUCUUCUCUACUGAUUUUACAACGUCUCUAACGAGCUAUCCUUCGACUGGGGAAUAGCAUCUGCUCAUCCAAACUGUCACCUUUCGUCAGCGAUGCGUGGAUGUUUAGAUCGAUCGAUCAUGAGUCCUUAAAAGAACAAAAUUAUGGCGGAUAAUCCGCAUGGUGUUACGAAGCCCGUUCCUCAUCCUUGCACUCGGGGGUUCUAACAUAUGGCAUCCAUCCUCCCACGAAAGCAACGCGGAGCUAGUGGAUCCGCGACGUGGCGAAUGCGAUUACUGACUUGAGAAAACAUGAAGCUUCAAAAUUCGCUGUUCUAGAAAUACAUGACAGAGGGACACCUGCUGUCUAUGCAUAUAUAAGUGACGUCAGGCGUGUGGGCCAACCGUCGAAAGGUGCACUCAGAGGGGUUCGCGAGGUUCAUCUCAUGUCAUAGUCGCAAUGCAAAGACUUCUGUCUAUAUAAACUAGGCCCGCGCCUUCGAAUCUUGUCAAGCUUCUUAGAUGCCGUUUGCCGGUGCCAUUGAAAUAGUAAAUGCGGCUGACGGAGGGAGUUCUGAAACCGCCACAUCAAUAAAUACAUUGUUAAUAUCCAGAGAGGAGGAGGCAUGCGUUUCUUACUCUUUCUUUCACUGGGAUAUGCAGUCUCUAUCUUCGCUAAAUAAAGAUGUCGGGGCCGUAUUCCGUCAACUUCCACCCAGGCACAGAUAAAAAAGAGUGUUUCUUUUUCAGAGUGGUUUGUCUGAAACAACUAAUGAUAUUCACCUGAAGCUAAAAAUGACGACGAGACGCGAUUUUUAUUUAACAUUUUUCGCGGACUCGGAUUCGUCCUGCCAUUAAGAGCAAGUACGGGACCGCUCAGAACUACAGUGUACUCAUCUUGGAUAAAUUUCAUCUAAUAACUACAAAGCCAAACGUUUUUCGUACUGGUGAUAAGCCAUAUAAUACCUGCUUUGAAAAUUCUGCUCAUUGAAGACCAGUGAAGUUUAACGUCAUCGCUUUCAUCGGGUUCUUUCACAUGAAAUCUCACUCGCGCCGAAGUGGCAUAUGAUAUGUAUGCGAGGAUAUUACUCAACCAAUCUUCAAAUCUUUUUACCUUUUCCUUUACAACAUCAUUCUCUCAUCAUCCCAUCAUCGAGGUUAAUCUAGUUGUUCUGGAUUGCCAUGGGUGUCCUCCAAAGACGAAACAGAGACAUUUCGCCACAAGACCUGCUUACCUCCGGAUAUGCUGACUAAUAAAACAGCCUAUAUAAUUCCCAAUGAGGGUGUAGUUUAUGCCUUCGGGCAUUUGGUCAAUUGAAACGAUACAGAGAAGAUUAGCAUGGCCCCUGCACUAAGGAUGACACGCUCAAUCAAAGAGAAGCUACAAGUUUUUUUUUAUAUCCCUUACUGACCCUUCGUGGUGAUGGAUCGUGCGGUCUUGUAAUUUUUGAUGCAAGUUUCGAUGGUUUUGGUGGGGAAAUGCGCAAUAGGCGUUGAGUGGGCUGAGGGCAGUAGUGGUGUUGUGGGUUCGAAACGGGGAAACGUCAGAUUUAUUUUAACCAGCCCAACGACAUUUUUUUUUUUUUUUUUUUCCCCACCAAGUCGAGGCAGAAACAAAAUCUCAAAUCUCAAAAUAGAAUAGAGUAUAAUAAUAAUAAAAAAGGAAUAAAAUAGCUCUCCACGGAGCGGGGAGUGCUUUUUCUUUCCCACAAGGCAAAGGAACCACCCCCUCAGUCAUCUAAAACGAAUUUUGCGUAUGCCAUGGCUAUUAUUGAAUCAAACAAAU